ACAUUUUCUUCUUCUUCUUCACUCUCUGUCUCUCCCAAAACACACGUACGACAGAUUGAUGGAGAUUAAUAAAUAAAUAUCAAAUAAUAUAUAUACAUAUAUACAUACAUAUAUAUAUAUAUAUAACACAUACAUAACGAAUUUUCAUUGCCAAAAAAAAAUUGAAGAUUUGUUUGUCUCUAUCUAAUGGCGUUAAGAACGAGGUUAAUCACUCGAACACUCAGCAGUUUAACCCGUAAAUCCAAUCGGGUCGACCCGGUAUAUCCAUUUUCAACGGCGGCGGCGGCUGCUGUGUCACCGGUGGAAGAGUUUCCGUCGUCGCCGACUCCGUCGUCGGCGGCGCUGUUUGGAUUAGUGAAAGAGUAUGAAGAAUAUAGAAGGAGUUUGUAUGGUGGGUUAACACAUAAGGCUUUACUUGUUGAUGCUGUUGGUACUCUUGUUAUUCCUUCUCAACCUAUGGCUCAGAUUUACAGGCAAAUUGGUGAGAAGUACGGGGUGGAGUAUUCUGAAGACGAGAUAUUGAAACGAUACAGAUGGGCUUACAAGCAACCUUGGGGUAGAUCUAGGCUAAGAUAUGUUAACGACGGAAGACCAUUUUGGCAACAUAUAGUUAGUUCUUCUACUGGCUGUUCCGACUCUCAGUACUUUGAGGAGCUGUAUAACUAUUAUACUACUGAAAAGGCUUGGCAUCUUUGUGAUCCAGAUGCUGAGAAGGUAUUCCAGGCCCUUAGAGCGGCAGGAGUGAAGUUGGCUGUAGUGUCGAAUUUUGACACCCGAUUGAGACCAGUGUUGCGGGCUCUGAACUGUGAUCACUGGUUUGAUGCCGUAGCAGUUUCAGCUGAGGUAGAAGCAGAGAAGCCUAAUCCAACAAUAUUCUUAAAAGCUUGUGAGUUACUAGGAGUAAAUCCAGACGAUGCUGUUCAUGUAGGCGAUGAUCGUAGAAAUGACAUUUGGGGUGCUAGAGAUGCAGGUUGUGAUGCCUGGCUGUGGGGAAGCGACGUUACCUCCUUCAAAGAGGUUGCUCAGAGAAUAGGCGUUGAGGUCUGAAGGGGUAAUAUUCGUAGAUGCUUUCGUUGUGUAAAAAGCCACGUCUUGUGUAGAAAUCUCCUCACAAUCGUAUGUAUGUAAAUAUUCAGCUUUUGUAAUCAGUAUGAGAGAUAACGCACAAAGGCCUUUGUUAGUUGCAGUGUGAAUAAACAGGCUGUACAACUUUGGUUUCUCAAUGCCAUAAUGUUUGUAGCC